CAGACCUGGGUCCUCUGACACCCAAAGCCUACAAGCUCCUGCUGUUGCCUCAAUUCUGACCUGCCGUACAGCAUGGCAGCUUCUAAAGACGUGGCCCCCAGCACGGCUAGCCGUACAACAUGGCCGCCUACAGAGCGCGAACCGCGCCCCCUCCCGCCCAAUCACCGGAAGUUUCCUUUUGAAAGCCCGGCGGCAGACCCGGUCGCUAGUGCGGCAGUUACCGAGGAGCAUCCUUUGAACCAGGGCAACGAGGGCUGCGGGCAGGAGCUGCAGGAGCCUGGACCUCAGCUGCGCCGCCUCGUUAGGAUGACCAGCGUGGUUAAGACAGUAUACACUCUGCAGCCCCCCGCUGUGCAGAGCGGCGGCCUGCCUGCAGACACACAAACUCGAGCCACUUCUAAGAGCCUGCUACCUGUUAAAUCCAAGGAAGUGGAUGUUUCCAGACUUUAUUCAGGAGGUUCAGAGAACGAUGUUAUAAAAGUCACUAAACCAAGACGAGAGAACGGGCAGGUAAAAGCUGCAGACCCUGCCACGAGGAAGAACCUCAGAAAGAGCUACAAACCACUGAGUAAGCAGAAAUCAGAGGAAGAGCUCAAGGAUAAGAACCAGCUCUUAGAGGCCGUCAACAAGCAGCUGCAUCAGAAGUUGACUGAAACUCAGGGAGAACUAAAGGACCUGACCCAAAAGGUGGAGCUGCUGGAGAAAUUUCAGGACAACUGUUUGGCAAUUUUGGAGAGCAAGGGCCUCAACCCAGUUUUAGGCAGUGAGGCCCUGGCAUCACAGCAAGGAUCCACCACCGAUCACACGGACUCUAUGUUGCUGCUAGAAACUUUGCAAGAUGAGCUGAAGUUUUUUAACGAAACAGCCAAAAAGCAGAUGGAGGAGUUACAGGCCUUAAAAGUAAAGUUGAAGAUGAAAGAAGAAGAGAGAGCCCGGUUCCUAGAACAGCAGACAUUAUGUAACAGUCAAGUAAAUGACUUUACAGCAGCCCUUGAGGAAAUGGAACAGCUAUUAGAAAUGUGAUAAAAAGCAAGUGACCAGAUGGCUCCCACAGAGGAAGCCACUUAGGACAUCUGCUUCUCGGCCAUGACCUUCUAGGACUCACUAUCCCCAGAAUGGAAACAUUUCUGCAGUAGGAUUAAGGACAGUCUAUGCUGGAAUGGCAGUUCCUCCUUUAGGCAAGCGUGCGCCCCCCUCAGACUGAUGGGCCCUCCUGAACCUCGCACACACAGAAUGGAGGCCAACAAGAGGGCCCCUCUGUCCCCGGAAGCUUGGAUUGACCCUCUAGCCAACAAAGUGAACGGCAGGCCAUUAGAAUCAGGAGACUAAUCUAGCUACAGCCAGACGAUCCCAAAGGUCACAUUCAGAUGCAUAGGAAGAAAACCUUAAUUGUACCAUGGAAUACAGAGACUCCAUGGGAGACAUCACUGAGAAGCGAUGCUAACUUCUAACUUGGAACACACUCUGUCUAAUCCUGGUUGGGCUCUAGACCUCAUUGUUAAAUGAAUGAACAUGAAGUUACUGGAAAUGGCUUAAUAAAUGAGGGUGAAGGUUUAGAUAGCAGUAACACCUACCUGAAAUAAUACAACUUGGAGCUUUUAAUCUAAAUCACUUCUGCUUUUAUUUUUUAUUAAGUGCUACUUUUAAAAUAAACAUUUCUCUGA